CUAUAUAUAUGAUCGUGUAAUAUUCUUUUUCUUUAUAUAUUUCACGUGUCAAUACAAUAAAAUCCUACAUAAUUUAUUAAAAAUUGUAAUUUCCUUGAUAUAUAAUAAAUUCUCGAAAAUAUAUUGAGCAAUAAUAUUACGAUAGAAUUAUAAUUUGAAUAUGACGAUAAGAUACACUUUUUUUUUUUUGAAUUUACAAUUCCCUAAUUGCAAGAAAAGAAGUCCUUUAACUUGCUAAUGCAAAAGGAACAAUCCCAAAGAAAAGUCAUUGAAAAUGCAAGCUACACUAACACAAUAUACCACCCAAAAAUAAAAUUUAAUGCUUGCAAAUUACACACUCCAAAUAAAACCUUCCUUUACUUUACUCCUUUUUCCCUCCUUUGACAUAUAGCUCUAUUGAAUUAUUAGUAACUUCCUCAAAUAGCUCUAUGAUCAAUCAAUCAUAUGAGUCAUUCAAGAAAACAAGGAUCUUGUCCCCCCCUCCCUCCUCCCAUAUAUGAAUCAACCCCAAAUUCAUCACUAGCCCAAACUCUCUCUCAAAAGCUCCUUCACUAAUUUUCUCCCCUUCUUAUAACAUUCUCACAAUCCCAAUUCAUUUCAAACCCAAAAAAAGAGAAAGAGAGAAAAUCCCCCACCCCAAAUCCCAAUUUUACACAAGCAAAUCCCAAUUCCACUCCUCAAACUUUCACCACACAAACACAAACAAACCCAUCCUCCCUCCCAUCCAAUGGAGAUCGACCACCGUGGCCGCCCGGCCGAAACGAGGUCAACGUCGGUCCUCCAAGCCGACGAGACGUUCUACAACCGCGUCAUCUCACGUGACUCCACCUCCUCCUCCUCCGCCGCCGCCCGCUGCCCUUCGAGCCGGGUGUUCUACUACCGGUCGGCCGCCGAAGGGGUGCCGUUCAAUUGGGAGACUCAGCCGGGGACACCUAAGAACCCCCCCAAAGAGGAAGCCAUCCCUCCCAUCAGCCCUCCUCCCGCCGUCCUCAGCCUCUCCCUCCCUAAACCGUCCAUCAUCAACGACCACGUCAAUGCCAACGCCGGUGGAAGAAGAGGAGGGUAUAGUAAUGCUCGCAGGCUGAAGUUGUUGUGGAGGUUCCUCGUCGGGAAAGGCAGCGCGAGACGACGCCGGUUGUACGGCCAUCAUCAGAGUACGACGACCCAGGGAAGAAGAAGCUUGGAGAACGUUAACAAUAAGAACACAAGGAGGAGUUGGGAUGAUCAGGCAGGGGAUUCCAUAGCUUCCCCGCGCGAUUCCAGCUUCUCGUCGUCGGCGAUAUCACGUUCUUCCUCCAACGACGACGGAUAUUCCAGGCUUUCGUCGAACUCCGACGCCAGCUCCGGCAGCCCCAGGAGCCGGAGGGAGACCGUCAAUAGUAACAACAAUGACUACGGCCGCGGUUGUGGCGGUGGUCGGACAUGGAACAUCAAUUCCAUGCUCGUUUGUGUUUCUGGCAAGAUCUGACCCGGUCGACUCGGCCCAACCGGAUUCGGUUCAGACCCGAGUUUUAAUGUUUAUUUGAAAUAUGUCUGCAAAUUAAUUACUUUUAUUGUAAAGAAAUUCAUAUGAUAUAUAUAAUAGCCCUGUAAAAAAUGUCUAUAUAGGCAUACUUGUCAUGAAGACCUUGUUGAUUCAUGGAUGGCCUUUUGUAGUAAUAUUAUAUAUAGAAUAUAGUUAAUGUAAUGUACCCAAGAUAUGCUUAUAUGGCAAGGGCAACAAUAUCUAUAUAUGUAUAAUUAACUUAUAACCAUCAAAAGAAAAACAUGUCCUAUAGAGAUUACACAACAUAAUUGUAGUUUUAUUUAUACCCGUCAUUGCACAAUAAAUAUUAAUAAAAGUUGCAAAAGAACUAUAAAAAAAUUCGUAUUAUUCCUUGUUCUAUAUUGUUGUUAGUUGUGAGCGGAGUUAAAUAUUGAAAUGAGAUAAAAAAAAACAACAAAAAACGGUGAGAUUUUUGUUAAAUCGUCUCUUAAUCAUGUAUGAAUAACUCGAGUGGUGGUCAAACAAAUAAGAACUAGUGGGUAGCUAUUACCAAUUUUGUGUUGUGUUAAUAAAAGUCUACAAAUAAUACAAGGAAUAAGAAUUAGAAUUAAUGUCGACAUGUGGAGACCAAAUGUUUAGGAGUAGACAAUGACGUGGUCAACAUCAUACCACUAAUCAAACUAAUGAACGCUUGAAUUGAAC